AUGUCGUGCUCGGAACAAGAUUGCUCACUCUGCCGCUGUUUAAUAACGUACGUUCGAGGUCUGUCGAUCGGUUCUCAAAGUGGAAUCGCCGCCAUUCUCGCGAUGGAUUCCCCGGAUGCCAGUAGUCGGCCGAUCGGUCGGCCCUCCGGUGAUUUGGAGAAAAGAGGCGGAGAAGAGGGUGGACGGUGGAGAGGAGGCUUUUUUCCCGCGGAGGCUGAGGACGAAGAUUGUUGGUUUUGCCGUGGCCGAGAGUACCGCAGUGGUGAAUGCCCGACGGCGGCAAAAGGCGGUUGCUGCUUUCUCAGAACGGGUCGGAGUUGCCCGCGCGCACCGAUAGUUCGUAAUAACGCGAUCGAUUCACCUUCAACUCUUACUCGUAAAUCAAAGCUCCGAUCGACACGUACGCAACCUCUGAACUCGUUUUCCAUCGCAAAUCAACGCAAACACGUGCGACUGGGAAUGAAGCGUGUGUCUAAGCCGAUACGUUUCAUCACUCUGUCUGUCUUUUCGUCUGCAGCAGAGUCUUGCAUCCUGUCUUUGAAUCUUUUCGUAUGA